GCCUUCUGAGUUGCGGCACUCGUCGCCUUGAGCUGCCUGAUGCAACUCCGUUAACCACCGGGUACCUUACUUCCCUUCAACAACUGACGCUCAAACCCUUUCUUUUUUCUUCCCAAUUCCCGUCCUACAAAGUUAACGAAAGAUCAAACACCCUACCCAACGCUCAAUAUGGCGGACCAUGACACAUUGAUCAGCAACUUCUGCGACUUGACGGGGUCUUCAACGGAGCAGGCGACAGAGUAUCUCAGCGCUAGCAAGUGGGAUAUCGACUCCGCCGUCACUUCAUACUACACGGACAUGGACGAAAGCGCACAAGGCCCCGCAUCAACCGCUUCAGCUGUGCCAGCCGAACCCGCGUACACUGGUCCCCGGACACUGGACGGCCGCCCCGCGCCCCAAUACGCCGCUGCAUCUUCGUCAUCGACCGCAAAAAAGCCACAAAAGCGAACGGGCUUGGCUACCCUAAGCUCUCUCGGUGGCGGCCAUGACCAUGACGACUCGGAGGAGGACGAGGAUUAUGAUGACGAGGACGACGAGCGACGUGGCCCAAGGGACCUGUUCGCUGGUGGCGAAAAGUCUGGUUUGGCCGUUCAGGAUCCUAGCCAGCGUCCGUCUGAUUCGCGCAGGAUCCUCGGUGACAUUAUGAAUAAAGCCCGAUCAAACGCGAGGGAAGCCCGUGACUCGAACGAAGAGCCCGCUGGGCCCUCGCGAGCUCAUUUCCGUGGUACAGGCCAGACCCUGGGCGGCGACGGCGUCGAGAGCCGUACGAUUCCCGAUCCCCGCGGCAGUGCCAUCCCGACCGCAAGCAGCGACGGUCCAGUACAGGAGCGCGUCCUGCACAUUUGGACCGACGGUUUCAGCAUUGACGACGGGGAGCUGCGCCGCUUCGACGACCCUCAAAACCGGGCCGAUCUACAGAUGAUCAGGGAAGGACGGGCACCAGUUCACCUGAUGAACAUCCAGAUGGACCAGCGGGUGGAUGUGAAACUCGAGCAGCAUAACGAGGACUACAGGCCUCUUCCGAAGGUGUACCGCCCAUUCGGAGGCGAAGGCCGGCGUUUGGGAAGCCCAGUCCCGGGCCAGCCCGAUGUCCCACAACCUGUAACCACCGCCCCAGCGGCUACGGCUUCUGCCCAGGGCCCGUCUACUGGUGCGGACGAGUCACAGCCCACCCUGAUGCUCCGCAUCCAGCUCCCCGACGGCACACGGCUCCCCGCACGCUUCAACACCGCCCAAACGGUUGGCGAUGUCUACGACUUCAUUCAGCGCUCCUCGUCUUCCAUUGGCGGCCGGGAGUGGGUGCUGUCAACUACCUUCCCGAACAAGGAGCACGAGGAGAAGGGUUUGGUUUUGGGCGAGAUGGCCGAAUUCAAGAGGGGCGGGACUGCCGUUGUCAAGUGGAAGUAAACUCGGGGAGACAGGUUGGGGCAUCGCACGUUUAUGACGGCCUGGGCGACUGGCGUUGGACGGUUAACCGAGAGGAAUGAUAGAGGGAACGAUUUCACACCCGGGUUUUGCUAGUUGCUAUGCUAUACUAUAACGUGGAUGGCCAACGACGAGAUAAUCUAUCGAAACCCUAACGAUGCCGACUGACCCGAAAGAAAAUGUACCCCUGCCUCCCAACUGCUAGCCUGUACUCCAACCAUUUUUAACACCAUAAACGCCCAAUACCGUGGUAUCUCACAGCCUGCUGCGGUACACACCCCCAUCCACCAGAUCCAUCUCGGCCAACUUGCUCGGCUAGCCUGUCCGACCAAAGCUAUGCCCUCCCCUUCAGCUAUCUGACGUCCCCAC